GGUUACCUGUGCUUUGUGGAUAUUUUCAUGUAUCGAUGACAUUAUAAUUAGAUUUAUAUACCACAAGCUGAACCAAUUGCAACUCGGGUAGAGCGUGUGACGUGGAAGACAGUGUACUUCACCGCUUUUGUUAAUUGGAUCCAUCGUCUUCAGGUCUCGUCAAAGCGUUUUUAAUUAUAUUGUCAUUCCCUUUCGAAUUCACCCGUUGGUCGGGAAGCGUGGAGCUGCAGCUGGUAUCAUACACACCACUAUAUGUCCCAAAGAUACAGAGCAACAAAUGCAGCGCUACGAGAUCGUUCAGCUCUCCUGGGUGUGACACCUCCAGCUUCGGGACGCUCGUCGCCGUACAGCAGCCCGAACCCAGAACCUUCUGGCCACCGCUACGUGGAUGACCUGGAAGGUCAGAAUGAUGAGGCGCUGGAAGGCCUAGCAGCCAAGGUGAAGCUGCUCAAGGAUAUCACCGUUGGCAUUGGAAAUGAGGUCCGAGAAUCGACUGUGCAACUCAGCCAGAUGAAUGACGCAUUCGCGGAGACCUCUGGUAUCCUAGCUGGCACCUUCCGUCGGAUGAACAACAUGGCACAGCGGCAGGGUUGUCGAUGGCUAUGGUACAUUGUAUUUCUCAUGUUUGUAUUCUGGUUCUUCAUCAUUGUAUGGUGGUUUCGACGUUGACCCACUGCGGACGUCUAUUGAUAUAUCUGGAUCAUCAAUUGCUUGUUCAGCACACCUUUCUCGUCAUCCAAUAACCCC